CAACAUCACCGGGAGAGCAAACACUCCUCCCGAAGCGGCGCAGCAAGCGUGGUCGGUGCGAGAGAGCGUCCACAGAAAGUUAUCACCUGGAGCCUGUUUUUUUUACCUUCCUUCUUUUUUUCUCCCCUUCCUUUGUAAACCUCCUCAUCUGCUCCGGAGCUCGAGACAUCAGGAACAGCCGCAACUUGGGCUCUGCGCAGCCGGGACUUGAAGAGUCUGCGGAUCCUCUGGACAUGGACAUCCAGUCGAUCUGACCCACAACCUGCAUUUUCCUGCCUUCGCUUUAUCUUAUAAUGGACAGUUAACAGCUUCAGAGGAAUCGGACUAACAGCAGUGUGACAGGAUAAAGAGGAUACAGCUCUGUCAGUUGGGGCAGAGCUUCUGUUUCGAACUCAUCACACUUUUUCCAGCGCCAUGGCUGCAUAUGGACAGACUCAGUACAGCCCUGCACUUCAGCCCGCAGGACCAUACACGCCGUACUCUCACCAGGGCUACAGUAUGCCGUCUUACAACAUUAAAACAGAAGAUGGUUUGAGUCACUCUCCAGGACAAACAGGACUCCUGGGCUAUCCAAACUUCAGCAGCACACCUCCCAGUCAAAGCCUCUACAGCUACUCUCACACUCAUGGUAGUGGUAUUUCAUCUGGAAUUUUUCAAGGGAGCCAUGCAAUUGCAAGUUCAACCCCAUUCAACCCGGCACAACAAGAGUUUUCAUCCUAUUCAAGCUACAGUCAGAGUCAGUACUCUCCCUAUUAUAACUCGCAUCACUACAACAAUCCCUACCUAACCAGCAGCAACAUCAGCCCUGCUGCCAUCACGGCUCCUUUAGCCUAUCAGCACCCAGAGCAUCCUGUCAUGAUGUCCAAUCACAGCCCAGAGUCACUUACAGGGGAAUACCACCCGCCGCCCAGCCCACCAACGCCAGGUAAAGAGGAGGGGGUCCCGGCUCGAAGGGGGUCAGAUGGCAAGCUGAGAGGAAGAAAAAGAGUCAGUGACCCUGCUCCUCCUCUAGACUCUGAUAUAGAGCGAGUGUUUAUCUGGGAUCUGGAUGAAACCAUCAUCAUUUUCCAUUCGCUCCUCACGGGAACUUUCUCCUCACGAUUUGGCAAGGACUCAUCAAAGGCAGUGUCUCUGGGUUUGUGGAUGGAAGAAAUGAUCUUCAAUCUGGCUGACUCGAGACUAUUCUUCAAUGACCUGGAGGAAUGUGACCAGGUUCAUAUUGAUGACGUGGCAUCAGAUGACAACGGACAGGACCUGAGCACUUACAACUUUGGCUCGGAUGGCUUCCAGAGCCCAGCAGGAGCGGGCUCUUUGUGCCUGGGGUCAGGGGUCCACGGAGGGGUGGACUGGAUGAGGAAACUGGCGUUUCGCUACCGCAGAGUCAAGGAGAUCUACAACACCUACAAGAACAAUGUUGGAGGUUUGCUGGGCAGCCCCAAGCGGGAGGAGUGGUUACAGCUGAGGAGAGAAAUGGAGGUCCUGACUGACCUGUGGCUGACUCAAGCACUCAAAGCGCUUGCUCUCAUCAACUCAAGGCCUAACUGUGUGAAUGUGUUGGUGACCACCACCCAGCUUAUCCCAGCCCUCUCCAAGGUGUUACUGUACGGCCUCGGCUCAGCCUUCCCCAUAGAAAACAUAUACAGCGCCACCAAGACAGGCAAAGAGAGCUGUUUUGAGCGAGUGUCUCAGAGGUUUGGCCGGAGAGCAGUCUAUGUGGUGAUAGGAGAUGGAGCCGAAGAGGAGGCCGUAGCCAAAAAGAAGAACAUGCCUUUCUGGAGGGUGUCGUGUCGGGCUGAUCUGGAAGCUUUGAGCCAUGCACUGGAGCUUGAUUACCUCUAGAUGGCACCAGCUAUCAAGUUCUACUACUCCGCGUAAACUUUGAGAGUUUCCAAACUCCCCGUGUGCAAGCCUGAGGGUGAUGGUGCCUGCAGAGACUGAUCUGUAGUCAGUAUUACUGUUUUUGGUGGACAAUAUUACUCUUGGGCCAAAGGAACUUCGGUAGGGCUGAAGUCAGAAGUGCUGGACCAAAGUAAGUAAAAGACCAAAGGAAAAUAAGGGACCAAAGCUUAACUAAUCCCAGGAAACUAUGGUUCAUAAUGGCAAGUAUGAAAAACAAAAAAAAAAACGUUUUCUUUUUUUUGUAACCCAUUUUUCUGAUUCAAUUCAUCUCAACAUCAUUAAUGGUGUCCCAUUUUUUACACACACAAAAAAACUGUUGCACUGAAUGCACAUUUCGAUUUCAUGGUCAAUGAGCACAGUGAGCAUGUCCAAACGCAGGAAGAGUUCAGAUUGUUCUAAAACUGCUUGUUCUGCUGUUUCUUUAUAUGUUUUUUUUUUCUUUAGGCUUAGAAACAUUUUCUCCAGCCAGUUUUUAUGACAAAAUUAGAAACAAAUUAAGGUAUUAUGUGUGAUAUACUUUGCUUCCACUAUUAUUUUAGUCAGUUAGAUUCAUGUCAAAUAACACUCCUCUCAUAGUUAGCAGCUAUUAAAAUAUAGUGGGAGCUAUUUAUUGUUGGUUCAGUUGUGCAACAUAGUGAUGUAAUAUGGGAGUGAGGCAUAAAAGAUAAUAUUAAAAAACAAAAAAAAUCCUUUAAAGUCCAAACUGUGCUCCUGUCUGAAUGUUUUGUUAAGAAGUUGCCUUGCGGAUGCUGUAUUAUAGACCAUUGUUUGAAUCCUUUCUUUUGACUCUGGGUUGUACAUUGUUUUCUUUUCUGUUGCUGUUAAAUUUCCCACUAACCCGUUUGUAAUAUAGAUCGACUGGUAUGUUUGUGCAUGUGCUGUUUACGCUGCCUGUCAGUUUAGCUUUGAUUUGUAUAUAAGCUUCAUGUUGAUUUUCUUUUUUGACAGACAGUUAAAGUAGAUUAAUAAAAAUAAAUUAAUUGCAUU